ACAAGGAUGUCAAACUAUCGCAUAGUUUACGGUUACGCGGGUCCACGAUCAGGCCAAACUUGGUAAGAAAAUCAACACCAAGGAUGGGGCGUUGGACGUCAGCGAUGAGGAAAACAAAGGGAAAACUUCGACGAAGACCAAGGUUAAGAGUCAACAUUUUCUGGCCGUAUGUAUGGAUCUUGGUAUUGUUCGCCGCCUGCAAUGUCAGUCCGGUUGGAAAUAGGUUGCGUUUUUCUGCAGAACGAGGAAUAACGCUGACCUCGGCACCGGUGUCAACCAAGAAGUUCAAAUUGGUUGAGGAAUCGUAGACGUAAAGUAGGCGACUGUAAGAUUGGCCAGACGCAGCCGUCGCCAUCACUGGCUGGCGUGGAAGUUUCCCUGCUGCGGUUUGUGGAAUGCCUUCGGAUGGUUACAACCAGGUCGGCAAUUCCUUGCAUCAUCGCCAAAACGGUGGUGGUACCAACAGAAAUGACGUUUGGAACUCCUGGCGGGGCUACGUCUGCUUCGAG